AUGAUACCCAGUUGUAUCACAGUUAUGCAAAUUCACCUUCAAACUUCCAAUGUUUCUCAACCACUAUUUCAUUCACUUCGCGCAAUUUGUAAGUUAGUGCGUCACUCCGAUAACAUGUCAUCGGAUGGCACCAAAAAGCCAUCUGAAGAUAACGAUAAGCUACCCGAGGACAUCAAAAAGUCAUCCUCGUCUAGAGUCAAUUUUAUGAUUCAAGAAGCUUCUAAACUUGAAGUUUCUGGCAUUUCACAAUUGUAUAAUUGUGUUCGACAACGUAUGAUGGAUGUUGGUUUAUUAGAGGAUAAUCGAAAUCUUAGAAAUACCAUUGAUGCUCCAUGGUUAGAUGAUGAAGCUAUUCAAUUAAAAUUAUCUUAUCAAGAAGCUAUUACACUUUGGACAACAUGGCCAACAUCUUUAUGCGCUGAAAGAAUUAAAUUAAUACGUAAACAAUUCAAUGAGAAAUUAAUUGAUUUACGUCAAAAAUGGGAAGAGAAAAUUAAUAAUUGUCGUAUCAUGGAUCAUAGAACUGCUGAAAAAGCUUUAAAAUUAAAUGCAACACAAUAUAAAGAAUUAUUAUUAUUUACAUCUGGUCAAGAACAACAACACCAACAAAAUAAUGCUCCACCAUAUUGUUCAAUGCCUGCUUCCUCUUCAAACAAGAGAUCCCAUCACAAUUAUCAUCCAUAUGAUUUGAAUCAAAAUCAUCAUUAUCAUCGUCAACGUCAUCAUCAUUAUCAAGAUUCGUUAAAUAUUCCACGGACUAUGAUGAAACAAUCUGAUCGUCAACCAUUUAGUUAUUAUAUUCCAAAUGAUGUCAAUAUGACACCUCAAGAUAAUCGACGUAUUCAUGGGGUAGCAUAUCAAAAUUAUUUCCAUGGAUCAUAA